AUGGCUUGGGUGACAGACACCGACCUCCUCUGCACCUGUCAUUUUAUCUAUCUAUCUAUCUAUCUAUCUAUCUAUCUAUCUUAUCUGUCUAUCUAUCUUUGUUUCCCUAUUUAUUUCUAUCUAUAUUUAUAUUUAUUUAUAUUAAGUAUAUAUAUAUAUACUUUCUAUCUAUCUAACUACUUUUUUAUCUAUCUAUCUAUCUAUCUAUCUAUCUAUCAAUUAUCUAUCUACAUCUGUUUCUCUCUUAAGUCUUUCUCUCCGCUCUUCUUAAUUAACAUCUAUCAUCUAUACAUACAUCAUCUAUCUAUCUAUCUAUUCUAUCUAAUCUAUCUAUCUUGUUCCUACCACCUACCAAUCUAUCUCCAUUUAAUUUUUAUUAUGAUAUAUUUCCCAUUUCCAAUCUAUCUAUCUACUAAUCCACUAAGUAUCUAUCUAUCUAAAUUAUCUAUCUAUCUUUUUUUCUAUCUAUCCCAGUCUUUUUUGAUAUCUAUCUAUCUAUCUUCUAUCUAUCAAUCUAUCUAUCUUUGUUCCUAUCACCCACCAUCAUGUAUAUUUAUAUUUAUAUAUAUAUAUAUAUAUAUAUAUCGCUUCUUGGCUAUCUCUCCUAGCUGGAAUAUGUCUAUCUAUCUAUCUAUCUAUCUAUCUAUCUAUCUAUCUAUCUAUCUAUCUAUUGGAGGCACUUUCUUUGUCUUAAGUCUUUGCUGUCCGCUAUUCUUAAUUAACAUCUAUCUAUCAUCUAUCUAUCUAUUGGGUCUAUCUAUCUAUCUAUCUAUCUAUCUAUCUUUUCUAUCUAUCUACCUAGCUACUAAUCUAUCUAUCUAUCUAUCUAUCUAUCUAUCUAUCUAUCUAUCUAUCUUAUAUGUCUAUAAUAUCUCAGAAUUUCCCUAUUUAUUUCUCUUGAUCCUCUCUCCUUAUUUAAUGCACUUCUCAUAUAUUCUUUGA